UGUCUGUGGAACUGCGAAGGAGCUUUGUUCUCGCACAAAUACGAUCGAAUGCGUGGAGAAAGAAGGGUACAAACACGAAUGCGUAUGCGAUCGUAAGUGGAUGGGACCGCGGUGCGAGAAGCCCUACGAUGCUUGCGUUGACUACGAUAACCCCUGCGGCCAGUUUGGGAUAUGUAGCGCACACGCCGGGCAGAGAACUUGGACGUGCAAAUGCAUGGAAGGAUAUGGAGAUGACCCUGCCCAAGAAGGCCGAGAUUGCAAGAGAAUGAACCUGGUGUGUGACAACGUGGUGUGCUUGAACGGAGGGGAGUGCCAGGCAUCCAAGUCACAAAAUAAAGCCACUUGUAUCUGCAGUUUAGAAUGGAGAGGGGAUACUUGCAAUGAACCAAUGCCUUCGUGGACGAUGUGGCAACCGUGGAGCAAGUGUUCCGUAUCCUGCGGCUACGAUGGUACCCGACUUCGUAAGCGAGACUGCGACCACAAGGACGCCGUCUUCUGCGGGCCUGGCACCGAUGAAGAACAUGCCGUUUGUACUGGGCCAGUUUGCAAGGUGGAUGGUGAGUGGGGCGAGUGGAUUAAGGUCACGGACUGUUCUUAUAACUGUGGCGGGGGCACUACAUACGGGCUCGAAACUGCGAGUACGAAACGGAUGACCCGGAAGCAUUCGGGAAGUCAUGUGAGGAUAGGGCAAUCGUGUAUGCGGACUGUAAUAUCAUGAGCUGCCCCAAAUCAGAGAAGCGCUGGCUGAGGGUUGAUAUCAACAGUUUGGCACGGACCAUUGUGAAGCAAACGGAUAGUGCAGGAGGAGAUUGGGGUGCUUGGAACUCCUGGGCGGACUGUUCGACCACGUGCGACGUGGGCUUCAGGAACAGGAACCGGAUCUGCCUCAGCAGCAUCGGAGCCUGUGUGGGAAGCGCCGAAGAGAUCGAGGACUGUACCGUCAAAAACUGCGACAAGGAGGCAGGAUUCCUGUCAUGGGGUUCAUGGGCUUACUGGACUAAAUGUGAAGCGGGUGUCGAUUUCUGCUACCGGAAUCGUGAAUGUCCUUACAGCACUUCCGAUAAAGAGUUUCGAGAGGCAUGCCCUGGAAAGUCUUCCCAGUCAGUGCCAUGUCACGCAGACGGAUGCGAGGAACCGGAGGAAGAAGAGGAAGUCAGGGUAGGAUCUGCAGGGCAAGAGUUCAAUGGGUACCGGGGACAGCAGGAAGGACCAAUGCAGGCACCACCCAACAGGGCUGGGAAAAGGGGUGCUGCUGCCGGUGAAAGCAGUGCACUUGGUGUCGGAUCUAUCGCGGCACUAGCAGGAAUUGCUUACAUGGGGAAGAUACUUUUUGUCAAGUUCCGGAAAAAGCGGAAGAAAGCAAAGAAGAAGAAGGAUGAAGCAAAAGUGUGAAGGAUUCAGAGAUACAGUGGAAUCUCAAUCGUUAUGGCGAGGUCCUCCGGACCCGCAAAAUCACCUUGUUAGUAUGUGAGAGCUCUUUAUAAUGAUGUUCCAAUGUAACAGUCCAACCUGUCCUAGUGACCCCCUCUCUAUAAAGACCAUCUGUCUACAGUGGCCAUGUUUUUGUGGUCUCCCUUGAGGAAGAAGUGUGUGUUGUAGAAACUAUCUUUAGAAAGGCCGCCUGUCCACAGUGGCCAAUGACUCUAUUUCCCCUAGGGUGACCUUGGUAGACAUGUUUGACUGUAUUUCAAGAAAUAUAACAUUGUCGUUAUCUGGUCCUGUGGGAUGUUUCACA